AUGUGGCCGGGCCUCGAGGCGUUGCCAUGGCGCUGGGCGGGCGGCGCGGCCCUGGGGCUCGGGCUGGCGCUGCUGGUGCGCGGCUGGCGGCGGCGCCGGGCCCCGCGGCGCGAGGUGCUUUUCUUCCCGUCGCCGGUCACCUGCCCCGCGGCGCUGCUGGGCGAGCCGGGCUCCGCGCCCUGCCCCUGCCCGCUGCCGCACGGCGACAGCCCGCUCGCCCGCCUGCUGCGCCGCCUGCUCUCGGCGCGCCGCUCGCUGGAGCUCUGCCUCUUCGCCUUCUCCAGCCCGCAGCUGGGCCGCGCCGUGCAGCUGCUGCACCGCCGGGGCGUGCGCGUGCGCCUGGUCACCGACGCGGACUACAUGGCGCUCCCCGGCUCGCAGAUCGGCCGCCUGCGGCAGGCGGGGAUUCAAGUGCGACAUGACCAGGAGAGUGGCUACAUGCAUCACAAAUUUGCUAUUGUAGACAAAAAGAUGCUCAUCACUGGUUCCCUCAACUGGACCACUCAAGCUAUCCAGAACAACCGUGAGAAUGUGCUGAUUGUGGAGGAUGCAGAGUAUGUGGAGCCAUUCCUGGCAGAGUUUGAAAGGAUUUGGGAAGAGAAUGAUCCAGCUAAUUAUACAUUUUUCCCCACCAAAAAGGAACAGAAAUGACAGCUUUUUGGAGCUGGAAGGGUCCUUGACAAAUAGCAUUUUUCUAGCAAGCUUCUUUGUAUUUAAUUUCGUUAUAGCUACAAAGACUAUAGCAUCAUGCAAGGGUGAAGAGUUCUGUACUUUUCAGUGGAAACCUCACUGUGUACUAAAUGAGAGUGCAUCAUGCUAAACUUCUUGGGACUGAAGCUCUUGCAACUCAGCUGGUAGUGGAGGGUGCGUGCAUUUCAGUCAGGAACCCAUCUCCCCUGACUGGGGUCGCUGAUUGAAGGCAUGCACAGGACAGAGCUAAGGCAGUCCCUCAAUUCUGAUUGGGUUGGUGGUGUGAAGUGAGGAAGAUUGACCAUCAAUACUUGGGUGUCUAUUGCCACUUCACAGAAUUACCAUUCAAAUACAUAGUUUCCCUCUUGCCCCCCACCCCCAAAGUUUAACAUCUCAAGUCAACCAAAAACUCCAGGUCCCCACAGGGUGAACGUGUAUCAGAGACUAAAUCCUCAUCUAUUUGCUACAUGUCAAAGUCUUCAGUAUUUUACAACACACUUUGCUCUCUUUAGAUUAGAGCAAAGAGUCAGUGUUCCUGCCCCAUCCAGCACACAUUCAUGGCGUAGGGUAGACAGGAAGGGUGAUGAAAUAAUUGCUUGUGAUUGCACUAAACUAAUGUCAGUGGCCAGGAGGGUUAGUGCUGUUGGUACCAAUUCAAAUGCUAGUCAGGUUUCUGCUAAUGCCUCCAGCCCCGUCCUUCUCCUCUAGUAGUCUCUUAAAGUGCAGGCUGAGGCAAGUUAAACCACUAGAGCUGACAGCUUUGUUUUCAGCCUUCAUGACUCUUCAGUGUCCUUCCCCAGUCAUGCAACAAUAUUUCUGCAGCCACUUUUAAGAAAUGCUCUGUAUUACAGUGGUAGGGAUCACAUCAUAAGUGCAACUCAGUAGUAACUACGAUGUAUUGAAAGUUAUAUUUUAAACAGUUACUUACAUAUCAUUGUAAGUUACAGUAAACGUCCAUGCUGUUGUACAAUAUGUAACUGCACAGCUAGGAGAUAGUUCCCUUGUAAAUUCCAUGUAGCCUUACAAAGUAGCUUCAAUGCUGAUGCAUAAGUGAGUUAGACAAUUAUUAUACACUAGGCCUAAGAUCCUGGAACCUUAGUUCACUCACUGCAACAGUCCUAAGUUACCGUGCAAGGAUAUCUGUGUAUGCUCUAGUCACACAGUAGUUACUACUUCUAUAUAUAGAUAGCAAUUUUGCACAUUCACAGGGUGUUAAUGCCACUAUCAAAUACAAGAUUACUGACUUUUCAAUGGAAAAACAAUUUAUAGUGCUUUAGGAUUAACAGUUCUCAAACAGACUGGACACAUUCUUUGGACAAGUAUCUUCAAAGCUAAAGGUACAGGUCGAGAAUUUUAAAAGAUAUUUAUAACAGUCAUCAAAAAAACAUUCUAAUAAGAGGACACAGGAUAGGUUCAGCAUCUUACACUCAAAUCUC